CGCGUCAUUACUCAAGCCCACCGCCCCCCUCCUGUACGGGUUCCAGUCACUUGUGCAUCCAUACAUCACGCUAUCCGCAAGGCCGAACUCCACCCGCGCUCUCAUCUCGCGACGCGCUAUCGCCUUUCUACGCCUUCACUAAUACCGACACAUCCUUCCAAACAUCAAUAUGUCUGGAAAGCUCGACCAGUCUCUUGAUGAGAUCCUCUCGACCCAGCGGCGCGUUUCUGGCGGCCCACGCCGAUCCCAGCGUCGUACUGCUGGACGAGUUGCCACAACUGCCCCUGUUGGCGGUGUGCAAAAGACCUCGAAGCAGCCUCGCACUGCCGCAACCAAGCAGGCUCCAGCUAAGACUGCCGGAAAUCACGGAGAGAGCAAGGUUGUGGUGAGCAACCUGCCCAAAGAUGUGAACGAAGGCCAGAUUAAGGAGUACUUCUCAAGUUCAGUUGGUCCGAUCAAGCGUGUGGAGCUUUCUUACGGCCCGAAUAGUGUUAGCCGUGGUAUCGCCACAGUCACUUUUGCCAAACUGGACGGCGCUAGCAAGGCCUUCAACGCCUUGAACGGCCUUCUUGUCGACAACAGGCCUAUUAAGAUCGAGAUUGUCGUUUCUGCUGCCAAGGCUGCCGAGAUCGCGCCGCCUCCGAAGACUCUGACCGAACGCAUCAGCCAGCCCAAGGCCCAACCCAAGUCUGCGGCCAGUGACAAGAAGAAGGAGGCUGCCAGCAAAGCUGCCGGCUCCGGCCUGCGCGGCCGUAAGCGUCGAGCCCGCAACGCCCGCCCAGCCAAGAAGACGGCCGAAGAGCUCGAUUCCGAGAUGGCUGACUACUUCGAGGCGGGGAACCAGAAUGAGAAUGCCAACGGCGGUGCUCCCGCGGCUACCAACGGCGACGCUCCAAUGGAUGAUGAGAUCCUAUAAACGAGUCAUGGUGUGCUAGGCAGUCAGAGAUCUGGGUCUAGAUGGUUCCGAGACCGUGCUCAAGCGACAAAAUCUCGCCAUGAUAUUUCUGUCUCAUCAGUCUGGCCCCUUCCUGUUUUUUUUCCCGGUUUUCCCGCUCAGAUGAACGGCGGGGCGACGGGGUAGCAGGACCUGUGUUUCUCUCUUAGGUUCCCAGUUGGUUCGUCUUCCUGCGCCCGACGAAUCCCCUCAAGAUUGUGAUUUCACACCCGGCUCGGUAUGGACUUGUAGGUAGUUAAUUACGUACGGAAAGAGAAGAGGCGUUACGGAUGUGUCUGCAAACUUGG